AUGACUACCGAAACGAAUGGCGGAGGCCUGCCACCCGAGCAGGUGACACCUCGUCCACUGGACGAGACCCCGACGGCCGUUCCACCCGAACGACCGUUUACCUACCCCAAACACUCGCGACAGGGCUCCAUCGAGGCCGGCCGAAAACGUACUGCUCUUCCCAAGCGCGAACACCUGGUGACGGUCACGAGGUUCUCCUCGAAACCACCCCCCAAGAACAUCAGUGGUGGCGCCCAUGGGGUGGCCACACCACCACCGGACGACCCAAGUGAACACAUGGACGUUACCAGCCCAGACGAUCCAAAGACCGAGACACAACCACCACCACCCAAUACCACCGAUCCAACACGACCAUCACCAGCGACAAGAUACUCUGCCAAAGGGCCUUCCUUCGCAGACACAGUCAAGUCGUCAGGACGCCGCAACCCAGCCACUAAACACCGUGAUACCCCCACGAUGGAAGCAGACAGGGCCGCGCAUGCGGAAUGCAAAGCUCCCUGUCCAGCAUGGACCGAGUCCAAACGCCCCCCUACAGUGCGGGAAUUAGACAUCUUGAAUGCCAUCCUAGCGGGGCGGCUACCACUCGACAACUCUCCAAAGUUUCUGAAACAAAUCCUGUCGCCGUUAGAAAUCGCACUGUUCAGCGACCAAAUGCGCCAACAAUUCGGCUUCCUCCAAGUCCCCAUCAAAGCCCUGGCCCGCCUACCGGCGGAGAUGACAAGCGUAUCUCUGGGACGUCUGUUCUUCCCCAUGCAUGCCAGCGCAAACCACGACGCAGCCAAAGACUGCAAUGCGAUACGCCGCGACAUGCACUCAUGCUACAUUCACCCCCACGGACGGAAAUUGAUCAUUCAAUUCAACUCGAAACAUAAGGCCUCCCUUUGGAGGGACCGGCAUGUAUCGUUCUUGGGCCAUGCCACCUGGUUGCGCCAUUACCGCCGCCCGGAAGACUUGCCAUCCAGCCUCGACACCGAGGAAACACAGAAAUGCACGGCAUACAGUUUCCGCCUGCUCAAUAUCCCCGCACAUAUCAAAGCGACCCAAAUAAUGCACCUGCUUCAACACCUUGAAGUAGAGGUAACGAGCACGGAAGUGGCCCAACAUAUGGGUAGCGGCGAACUGGACGCCAACAGCUAUCUGGUCGUGACCAGUACGGACACCGUGCCACACACCCUGGAAGGCAAAUCCCGCAUUGUGAUCGGCCCGACCACAAUCCAACUAUAUCAUUUCCAAGACUACGCCCCUGACGGCACGGCAGUUGUGUUGGGAGCCGCGGUGGUGGUGGGAGCAGCGGUGGUGCAGGAUGCGGCACUGGUGGAGGGGGCGGGGGGCGCCGACGACAAGGUCAGCGGCUUGCCGUCCACCACGACCGUAUUGGAUAGUGUCACGCACUUCAACUCGUUAGUGCCGUCGUCCACACCAGUCACGUUCUUGGCCAGCGCGGAGCCGGCUACACCCAACUGGUACCACCCACACGCGGCUCGUUCUCCGACGCACACCACCACCACCACGGACCCACCCACGCGCGAAAAGGCUGCCGACCACCUAGCCCCGCCCACGAACGGUGCGACGGCAGCGGCAGUAUUAUGGGCCCACGAACCACCAGCGGCGGACUCAUACGACCCUACCACUGCACGCUUCCCUCAGCUUACCCCAAACCCCAACCUUCCAACGACUCAAGAGCCUCAAGUGGCGGCUGUCAGCACCAUUCACUUGGGCGAGGCGGCAAUAGAGGUGGAUAUCGACACCCACGGGGCUGUACCAGACACGGCACCGCAAGCGCCGACCACGGGGCUGAAUGAGAUGGAAACCACCCCUACGUGGGACAUCGUGGACGAACUCAGCUCCCCCCGCGCGGAACAACCAACCCCACGCGACCAUUCCCCACAGGCACCAAUCGACUCCCCAAUAACAACAACAUUGGACGUUGAUAUGGAUGGACCAGAACCGGAGCCGGGGCCACAAGCAGCACCUACGCCACCCACGAGCCGUAUCCUCCCCAGGCUUCAGACGCAAGACACCGUCUUCACUAACCUCCAACCUUCGGAUGUCGACAUGGACGGCCCACUGGACGGCGAUACGCCACAAGGGGUCAUCGACCCCGACCACAACACCCCCACGACGGACGACCUCUUGGCGACACUUCAAACCCCGCGGGCCAGCCCGUCCAUGAUGGCCCUGGGGAUAACGCGGACGGUGGCCACAGCGCGACCGACAAUUGACAUCUCAGAAACCCCUGCUCCACAGACAGCGCGCAUUGACUAUGCCCGCUCAGGGACGCUCCAAACGCUCAUCGGGGGACGUUCGUGGCAAGAAGGCACGGUGGCCGCUCUCGGCCAAUGCUGUGUCCUGGCCCUUCACUGCGCCAAACAUGGGCAUGGAUGGUCCGCGCGAUCCCACCAUGACGAACUCACCAUAUCUGCCAUCCACGACCUCAAGACGGCUAUGAGGGACAUGGUCCAAGCCCACGAGGCUUUUACCGGACAUUAUCUGUCGCGGUGGCUCCAGCAACUUGCAGACACGUCCACACCUUCACAGGAGUCAGUCCAAGACUACAUCCGCCUCUUCUUCGACCGCCUUAUAGCAGCCCACCUAGCCCAAGGGAUUCCCAAGCGGGACUGGUGCGGAUACCCUGAGAUAGCAGCAGCGGCUGCUGUCUGGGGACACCCGGUCUACGUCCUUCAAGAACCAUCCCACGAAAACACGUGGUGGAUAUGGCGAGUAGGAUAUACGCACGGAGCCACCGACAUCUACAAAGAGCCCAUCCCGUCCACUGAAUGGGAAGCCACGAUGGCCGCUUUCGCGCCAACGACGGUCCUGCUGGCCCACAAAGGCGGCAGUCACUUUGAUCCAAUUCAUAUGACACCACCCCGAUCAGCACCAGCCCCGGUUAUGAAACCCUUGCUCCAGCCAAGCCGGAAAUUACCAGUCAAUUAUGCCAAGGCAGCAACCUUAUGGAUAGCUAACAACGGGGAAGACCUCCCGGGCGGUAAAUUUCCCGUGCCGAUCACCAACGUGGCGGAUGUGAUCCCCCUCUUCACCGACUUCCCACGCGCGGCCCGGGGGAUGUUGUGGGCCCUGCGCAAUCCGGCGACUCUCGUGAGUAAGAUGCCGUCUCAGGUCGUACUAGACUGGGGUGAUCACAUGCUCCUUGACAUUGUAUACACCACGAUGGACGCAAUACGCGCCCUUCAUAACCACCCUGCUCUCCAUAUCCGACUGGACAUGUGGAAGGAUGCAAUCUUGGAAGCGCCAACCCUCCCCAUCGCGAUGGCGGAAGCCCUAGACGAGGCCCGAUGGUCAUCUCUAACACAGGGGGCUGAAAUCCCCCUCGACAUCUUCGACCACACCAUCUUUACUACUCUUUCGCCAAAGCAACUCCAGUGGGCGGCGAUUGUGGCGGCGCUGCUCGACAAGGAAGGAUACGAGAUUGACGAACUUCCUCCCCUUCUUAAUGUAGGAGACCUCCUACUUACCGUCCGGCUCGGCGACAUGGUUCAGAUCCUCAAUCUCCUACCGCAGGGCAAGUGGACCCGACUACGGCCAUGGAUGGAGGUCCAUGCAUUUGCAUGGGGGUACUCCCCCAGCGGAUACCAGGAGUAG